AUGAAGAAAACACGCUCUCAACAAGAGAAAUACACUCCCAAUAGGAGAAAACACAAAACCAAAAAACUUACAACACACAAGCAGGACACAACUGAAGAAAAACUAAGAAGGCUACAACCCUCCCCUCCACCCGAAGGCACUCCGGACCCUCACCACUCGAAUCAUGACCCAAGUGACCCCCAAGCACUGAAGCCAAUCCGACAGGACCGACGACCUACCGAGUGGCCACCACCGGCCACUAACCCGCUCGAACUGCGUCGGGAGCCGCCACCGGAGAACCCCUCCAAGCCCAACACAAGGACGAGAAGAGGAACGAAGGUCGAAGCUCAAAGCUUAUCCCGGCCCCAGCCGCCACCGCACAGCUACCGGAUCCCGCCUCGACACCAUCGCCCGCGAGCCAAAUGUCUCGACCAUCCGUCACGGCCAACCGGUAGAAAGGCGAAACGCUGCAUCAACAGGGAUAGUCUGCCCGUAAGGAGAUGUGCCUACAGCCCAAGAACCGAAUCGGAGCAGCGGGGGCGGAUUGCCGGAGGAAGAGAGGCUUCGAUGAAGAUUAGGUCCAACUAG